GGCGGAGGCUGCACGCUGGUGGGGAGCAGAGCCGCUGCCACCGCUUUGUCAGCGCCCCAGGAUGCUCAGGGCUGCCUGAAACCGGGGGAAGGUCCCGCUCGCGCUGCCGCUGCUCCCUGGGUGCCCCCGUUCCCGAAUCCCAGCCCGCCGGGACCCCCCAGCUCGUAGGACGAUAGGCAGGAGGAGCACGGAGCCUCCCAAGCCAAUGGAUCAAAAACUGCAGCUCCGGCACGCGGAGAAGAACAUCCCCAGGGCCGCCCGGGCGGCUUUCUGCCUCCUCCAGAUCCCGGAGCCGGACCCCUUCAGCCUGUGGGUUUAGGUGCUCCCGCCCGCCCGGCUGCGCCUCUCCCGGAGCCGGUGUCACCGGCGGAGACCCCCGCUCGUCCUCGGCACUGGGGUCCCUGAUGGACCCUCCAGGAUCCCGCCUGCCCGGGACGGCGCUGAGCACCACAUGAGUGUGGCAGCAGCAUGGCCAGCGACGCGAGGAUGGGGGAGACCCCGGCGCGGUGGAGAAGAGCCGCGGAGGCAGCGCAGGACUCCCGGGGGAUGGAGAGCGGCGGGAUGGUUUUAUCCCGGGACGCCGCUGCCGAGCUGGGACUCCCGGGCUACCCAGAGCCCGGCAAACUGAGCUACGGCAUGGAGAAAGGAUGUCCCUGGAGGGGCUCCGAGGGAUGUUUGGGACCUGUCCGGGAGCUCGCCGGUGGCCGCUUGGGCUGCCCGUACCCCCCGGCCCUGUGCCGCCCCAAGGACGGAGCCGAGCUCCCCGCGCUGCUGCACCCCCGCAACGGGCAACCCAAAGCGGGCUGGGGGGAGCCCUGCAAGGAUCGCCCGGGGCCACCACGCUGGGCCGAGGCCGUGCUGGCCCCGCUGGCCCUUUACAGCCACGCGUACCAGCGCUACCCGCUGCCCGUGCCGGGGCUGGACCCGCCGCACCCCGGCACGGCCGGCAAAGCCCGCGGCGCGGCGGGGGACACGGGCGGAGACCCCCCGGCUUUCCGCCACUGCCCCUUCCUGGUGGAGGCCAAGCACAGCCCCUUCCUCCUGUCCUCGCUGCUGCCCGCGGGACCCCCGGCCGAGCCCCCGUUCGGCGCGGAGGGGCCGGGCCCGGUGGGGGACGGGCGAUUCGCCGGCCUGGACUGGCGACUGGGCUCCUACUCGCCCGCCUGGGCACAGCCCCUCUACCUGGGGGUCCCGCCGAGGUGCAAAGCGGCUCUGACCCCCUUCGACGACUGCUGCAGCUCAGGGAACAAGGUAGGACCGCUCGCAGCGAGGAUGCUCGGGGGUCCCGGCGCUCCCCGGAGGUGACAGCGGCUCCUGC